AUGGAAAAGGCAGGCAGGGAGGGUGUUUGCUGCCUGGUCCUGGCCGCCCUGAGCCUGUGGCCCGAUAGAGCUGCUGCCCCGGGGCCGCCGCCCGCCCCGCCGCGGGCCUCCCCGGACCCUCGCGCUGAGCUGGACAGCGCCGUGCUCCUGACCCGCUCCCUCCUGGCGGACACUCGGCAGCUGGCCGCACAGCUGAGAGACAAAUUCCCAGCUGACGGAGACCACAACCUGGAUUCGCUCCCCACCUUGGCCAUGAGUGCGGGGGCGCUGGGAGCCCUGCAGCUCCCGGGAGUUUUGACACGGCUGCGGGCAGACCUGUUCUCCUACCUGAGGCAUGUGCAGUGGCUGCGACGUUCAGGAGGCCCUUCCCUGCGGACCCUGGAGCCCGAGCUGGGCACCCUGCAGGCCCGGCUGGACCGGCUGCUGCGCCGGCUGCAGCUCCUGAUGUCCCGCCUGGCCCUGCCCCAGGUGCCCCCAGACCCCCCGGCGCCCCCCCUGGCACCCCCUGCCUCAGCCUGGGGGGGCAUCCGGGCGGCCCAUGCCAUCCUGGGGGGGCUGCAGCUGACGCUUGACUGGGCCGUGCGGGGCCUGCUGCUGCUGAAGACUCGGCUGUGA